UCUAUGAUCCAACAAAAACAAAAGAUCAAAUCAUAUGUAAUGUGCCGACCGGUAUAGACAGAACUCAAUGGGCUCAUUUCGUUACCUAUCGUCUAAAACCGGAGACAAUGGAUAUUUGUAAAAAAAAUAGAGAAAAUCGCAAGAAGCAAGUAAUUCCUCAUACUGGUGGCUCUAAACCUAUCUCAAGAAGAAGACAUGAGAUGCUUUUGGAUAGUGGAAAACUGCCUAGUCGUGGAAUGUUAUAUAUUGAAACUCAUAAAAAAAAAGAUGGCUCAUUUGUAAAUGAGGCGGCAAAGGCUAUAGCGGAACAAAUUGAAGUGGGUUUGAGUCAAAGCACUACUGAUGAAUCACAGGUUUCCCCUCAUGAUGUUGUUGGUAGAGUGUUAGGCCCAGAGCAUUCUGGGAGAGUGCGAUGCAUGGGUUUGGGAGCAGCUCCUACUAACUCAUUUAGAAAUACAAGAAUGUGA